CAAGCCAAAUGACAGACUGUGACAAACAAACCUUCCCUUUAAGAGACUGUCCCUUUAACAAACUUAACCUGGACACACCUGAACUUCCACUACGGGAGUUUGAUAUAGUAGAGGAAAAACAAUACCGAAAAAAACAACAUCCUGUGCUGAAAUAUGGGGACAGUGGACCCGGGCCCUCCUGGGCCAGCAGCGGUGCCCCAAACACCUCAGUGGGUGGCAGAUGUGGACGAGGUUACAAAGGAUGUGAAGAGCACUGAGGAGGAAUUAAUCAAAUCUGCAAAUAUGGAACCCAGUACCCUACCGUGGCGUGAGAACAAACCCGAAGCACAGAUUCUGCCGGUCAGGGAUAGAGAGAGCGCGAGCAUGAAAUCGGAUUGCAUCUCACUCCGGGGUGGAGUGAGCCGGACGGAGAGCGAGAGGGAGGAAUUUGGGCUGAGAGAGAAGGAGAAUACGGGCGAGGAGUGGAGGGGGUUGGAAACGGGGAAAGAGAGUGUUUCUGACACUGAGCUGAGAAACAGAGUGAAAAGAACCUUCUCGGAGAUAGAGGUGGAGGAGGUGAACAUCAUGCCAGAGAACGCAGCCCGAGUCUUCAGCCCCAGCAUCACCAUCCUGCACUCCACCAGCCAGCAGGAGGCUGCAGACUGCUGGAGGAAUGAAGAAGAAGAAGAAGAGAGGAGUCCUUUCCUGGGGACACAUGGAACACAUGGAACACCUCUAGAAGAGUAUUACAACGACUGGCCCGUCACACCCAGAUCACGCUGCUGUGAUUUUGGUGGAUCUAAUCGUGAUGCUCUUAAACUGGGUGCGUCCAUGUUCACCUCGGCCCUGAUCUUCCCGUUGUUGGUCUGGGGUGGCUAUGUCUUCCUGCCCUUUGAUGCCCCUCUGCUCGACAGUGCCCCCUUACGACUGGUCUACACACUGCGCUGCUCUGUUUUCGCCGUCAUACCUAUUGUCCUUGGUAUGUUGGUGCUAGGUGUGUCCCGUCUGUGGUAUCGAUCCUUGAAGCCGCGGUUUGAGGGGGAGAGGGAAGUUAAGCAGGUGGCAGUUCACCAGCGCUACGUGGAAGACUCCGUCUACCUCUUUCUGCUUUACUUCCUCCAACUGGCUGUCAUGGCUGCCUACCUGAAUCAGGAUCUGCUUAAACUAGUUCCUCUUCUCACCAUCAUUUUUGCCUUCGGAAGACUACUGUACUGGAUCGCAGCAGCUUGUGACAGCAGUUUGAGAGGUGUUGGCUUUGGGUUUUCAUUUCUGCCGAUCCUGGUUAUGCUGGUGGCCAACCUCUACUUCAUCUUCGUCUCUGAAUCUGCAGGCUCCAUCUUUGCCCCAGACAUCCCAGAACCACCUGUUCCUCCAACCAAACAGCGGUUCUGGGGCUAAACACGCCACAUCUAAUGCCUCUGCUACUGCCAAAUGUAGAACCGAUUACUUUAGGCUUAGAGACAGCUUAAAUUGGACUUUAAGAAAUUUGUGUCUGAGAAUGUUUAAUCCAGCUGUGAUUUAAUUUUCCUCUCCUGUUCUAUGCUUUCACGAGUACUUUUAUAUCACGACCAGGUGGGUUGAAAUUGACAGAAAUCCAGUCAAAGAAGGAGGGCAGAACAAAGGGGGAAUCUUUCUUUUUUCUUUUUUUUUUUUUUUUUUAACUAACUUAUAAAUAGAAGUUGUGUAGUGAAACUUUAGACACUAAACUACAAAUUAAAAUGAGCUAGCUACUCUUUACUGCAGCCAAACAUGAGCACAAAGCAGAUUCAUCAUCACUCAAAAGAGCUCUAAAUAGACUGGUUUUAACUCUAUUUUAAGAUGAGAAUGUCAACAAGAAGAAAACAAGAUUCCAAAUAUUUAUUCCACAAGAAUGCAAUUUAAAAAAAAAUGUUCAUGCAUGGUUUGUUUAUACUGUGUGGUGUGUGAAGUUAGAGGCCUGCCCAAACUUGUAAUUUUCCACAACCACUCCUUCAUCUCCCUUUAAUAUAAGGGCAAUGUAUGCAAAGUGUAGACAUAUCUUGAACAAAUUUGUUUAGUUUUGUAAAAUGUAUUCGAAUGAUAAGGUUUGUAAAGGUGCAUUAGUCCAGGUAUCUGUUAGAAGGUGUUGUAAAAGAAAUCUUAAAGCUGCAAAGAUGUAUAGGAAAUCUAUGUAGCCUAGUGCAAAUGAAUGUAUUAAGCCUAAUAAAUACGUUUAUUAUAUUUUCAUAAACAUUUUUAACAAAUCCAA